AUGGGAGGAGCACCUUCUCGUGAGUCCACCACACUCUAUUCCUACUUUAGAGGGACAUAUGAAAUUGGCCUUAUUCCUCUCACGAAGAAAUUCUUUGGUCGUCCAAACAACAACAACAACAGCAACAGCAGCAGCACAGAUGACCCCACUGCUCUCUCCUCCACAGAAGCGGCUCAGAGGGCCAGUACCAUGGAGCUUCGACGCCAGUUUGUGCAUAUGCGAAGUGAUCCUGCGAUUGCCUACGCGAAUGCGCGUGAGACGGUGAUUGCGUCUUGGCCCGAACUGAUGUCGAACACCUUCACAGAAGAGGACUUGGAUGUUUUCUUGGAAAAGGUGGAGGAGGGACUGUACGCAACGGAUGCGGAAAUGGUGGCGGACAGCCAACGUGCACUUGUGCCGGUACCGUGUGCUCUGUGUCUGGCCUGCAAGGAUGGACAAGAACGAUCGGGUUCUUUUAUGUGGAAUGGACGUAAUAUUGUAGUGAUUGGGUAUUUUGGCUGUAUGGAGGAAGAUACUCGAAAUAUUUUCAGGGUUUCAAAGGGACACAUCAGCAACUUUUCCCCAAAAGUACCAAAUCCAUCCACCGCUAGCAGUGGAGGUAGUGAGAAGACAAACCCAAUGGAUUUAGAUACAGAACCGGUAACACUUUUUCUAAGUGCGGCGGUAUUGGCCUCUGCGGGUGAUCGCACACUUGAGCGGGUUCUUCUUCUUGCGGCGGUGAUGCUUCGCAAUCAGUACUUGGAUGCGGUCUCACGUGUAUGUUAUCAACGUGAGGGAAAUCCAUUUGGAUUAAAUCAUUCAAUGGAAACAGGCGGAGGUGGGGAGAGUGGUGGAUUUACCUUCUCUCGGCAGAUAUCUUUAUCCGAUUACACAUUCUGUAAUAAUCAGCCUUCUGCCUUUAAAGCCAGAGAGGAGGCAUUGGAAGUAUUGAGGAAACGACUGAGUCAUCUUAUUGUAUAUAUUGAAGCCGCAUUAGAUAACUACUCUUCCUUAAAAUCCUUAACAGAGAAUGUGGCAUUCCUACAGUGCCAGACAUGUCUGGAUCCCCCAAUGUGUUCAUUGCAAUUACCAGAAAUUGUUUUUAAGGAAUUAGAACCUGAAGCAUUAGAUGAGAUGGGCAAUAAGAGUAAGGAUGGGGAUGAACAUCAUAACGAAAUGAAUGUAAUCCAAACAGAAAUUGGGGAAAAAGAUGAUGAGAGCAGUGAUGAUAGCGUAAAGGAAGAGGGUAUUACAACAACAGCUACCAUUGACACAACACAAAAAGAGAAAAAGGAACAUGAUAACAAUAAUAAUAAUAAUGAUGAUGAUAAUGAUGAUAAAACUGGAGGUAAUGUAAAGAAGGAGGUCAUACCAAAAUUUGUAAGUGAAGAAGAAAAAGUAAAACAACAAGAAAAAGAAAAAGAAAAACGAGAAAGACUUCAAAAUUGGCGAAAUACAAUGGAUGGAAAUGCUCCAGUUGAGUUAAUUCGUCUUCGUUGUGAACCAUCUUAUGUGGUGCCGGCUUUUUUCUGGGCUGCGGGUCUCUUCACAACACCCUCAAUACUUGCGACGGGUGGUUGGAUUCAAUACAAACUUAAGGAUGAAAGUGAAGAUCUCCGUCAGACACUUCACAGUAAAGACUCUAUUGUAGCUAAAUGGCGAGAGGAAUGUAAAGAUAUUUCCAGUCGAUAUAUGGGAAAAUAUACAGAUGUAUUAUUACGUCAUGUACGCAGAUUACAGAAUGAGGUGGAAAGAGCCCGUACUAUUCCUUUACAAGAUUGGUCAAAAGAGAAUUUAAUACAAACAAGAGAAGGUAGAACCUGCGCUUUACAUCACACAACUAUUGGUACAAUGCUUGUUGGUAUUCGUAAUCGCCGUGAAGGAGAUGUGGUACGAAAACAAGAGCGAAGAAAACACAGCUGUCGAGACAUAAAUGAACGACUGGGAAAUGCCGAUUCCUCAUCACAUGGUAUGAGUUCUUCUCUUGGGGUUCGAUCUCGUCUUUCUAUUGGGAUAGUGGGCCAACCCAGUACUCCACUGGGAAAGAGUGGCACGGCUACUUCUAGUACCGCCUCUACUCUGCAUGAGGGGAAUGUGGCCAACAUGACGGCAUUUCCUCCUUUGCAUGGAAUGAGUCGAAUGCCACCAGCGCCGAUGUAUACACAAGCCCCUGCGGGGUUUCCCGGACCAUUUCAGUUUAUUUCACCUAUUCAGGCGGCUUCUGGACUUCCCAUGGGAACUAACUUUAUUCCAACACCAAUGAUGAUGACAUGUUAUGCAAACCCAGGCGUAGAGACUACAGGGAUGGAACGUAAAGUACAACAGGAACCAUCACCCUCCAUGAAAACAACAACGACAACAACAACAGCCUUACAGGGAUCCCCUCCUGUUUAUCAACAACAACAGCAGCAUCCACAACAACAACAACAACAACAGCAGCAACAGCAACAACAACAACAAUUCUUAUCAUCUGGUUUUACUCUGGAGGCGACGGGUGAUUUGGCAGGAGCUUUUGUUAGUGGUAUUGGUAUGAAUGUGGGUCGUGGAGGUGAUGGUAGUGGUGUUCCCAGCGGUCCGUUUGUUUCUUCUCAACUUCCACUCCCAUCCAACACGAGUCUACAAGCCCCAUCCUACACAUAUUCCUUUAUUAAUCCCAUCGCCGCUCCUCCUGCGGGGAACUUUCUCACAUCUGCAGUACCCGGCGUCCAACCACAGCAGCAAUUGAUGAUGCUCCAACAAGGGCCUGGUGGAAUGCAAAUGUUAGUGCCUAUUGGAACUGCACAAACCCAACAACAUUAUUCUCUUCCACCACCCCCACCGCCUCCACCACAACAUCAACAACAACAACCACAUCCUUCUCCUUUUCUACCUCCUUAUGCUGCUUUUCCUCAAGGAGCUGCGGGUAAUGCUCCUGUUAUGUUGGCCCCAUCUUCAUCGGUGGGUUCACUUCCGCCGUGGAAUACCGCACAGCCGAAUACAGGCGCCGUUGCUGUCCCUGGAACUGGGGGACUCCAAAAUGUCAUGUAUUACCUUCCUACACAGUAG